GAAAACGGCAUGUUAUGGGAAGUUGAAGGAAAGUGGGUUGUGAAAGGAGCUAUGGAUUUUGACAUUGGUGCGAAUCCAUCGGCUGAGGAAGGCGGUGAAGACGAAGGAGUCGAUGAUCAAGCUGUCAAGGUUGUUGAUAUCCUCGAUACUUUUAGGCUUCAGGAGCAACCAUCGUUUGAUAAGAAACAAUUUGUGAUGUUCAUGAAAAGAUACAUUAAGCAACUAAGCCCUAAGCUGGACUCGGAAAAGCUAGAGCUGUUCAAGAAACAC